AUGGCUCUUGCUAAUGAGUUUCGCAGAGGUGACGAUGACGCCAACGACCAUAUCGACUCCGACACUCCCCGCUCCGGUGUCGCUACACCGCAACCCGAUCCUUCGGACAAACGAUUGCCUGGAAUAAUGCAAUACUUCGGACAGGUUGGUUUAGGUUCCUCUACAAAUUCCAAUUUCAAGCCCAAGCCCAGUUCCAAUCCCAAUAUCAAUUCAAAUGCGGGCUCUCAUUCUGGUCCCCUUGCGAGUCCCUCUUUGGCAGUAAGAAGCAAGCCCGAGAACUCCCUACCCUCAUGCGCCCUGGAGAAUAUGAGUGGUGAUGCGGCGCAUUUACCAGUCGGUCCAGACUCAAUCAAUGAGACUGCGGCCGAGGGUAAAACUGAAGAUGCCUCCCAAGUCUCUCAAGAAGAGCGGGUGGAGCCUCCUCAGGCGUCCGGGAAAUCGGAAGAAAAUGGCUUCCACACAUACCCAACACCACCCGUUUCCCAUUCGCCUUCUAUGCACAGGUCAGAUUUGAGCCAUUCUGCUUCUGAAGAGGAGGCUGCUCCGGCAAGGAGAGCCACUACCUCCUCUUUCUCCGCGCACAAGAAGAGCAUUUCGGAAUCAAUUCCGUCACAUGCUCGAAGAGCCUCCUUGUUACCACUUUCAAGCAUUGUGACAGCGUCAAAUGUACUUGCUUCACAUUUUUCGAACCCCAGCGAUCCUUACCCCGCCACUACACCUAGCACCCCUGUUCACUCCCGUUUAGAUGUCCCCUUCCAUGAAUCACCAUCUUAUGAUCGGCUCAAGAAGCUAACAGAUGACGUUCCGUGUACAAAGAGCAUACCUCCAACUCCGACACGUGCAUUGUCAAACCAGACUGCGAAAUCUGAUACGAGCGGCGGCUCAGAGGCUGCGGCGACGGCCGCGGCUGCAAAUGCAAAUGGAAAUGGAAAUGGAAAUGGUGAAAACGGCAAGGCCAACGUUGGCGAAGCUCUACCUAUCCAAACAUCGGCUGGCGUGAGCGGAGCACCAGUCGCGGCUCCCAAAGGAAAACUCACUGUCAAAAUUACCGAGGCCCGAGGGUUACGAAAAAGUAGAGAUCCAUAUGUCGUUGCCGUCUUCCAAAGGAACGAGCUUGUCUCAAAGGGCCCGUUGCCUGAGGAUCGAGAUGAAAACGAGGAGGUUACGAGUAACCCUAUGAUGGGCGGUAUCCCAAUAAUGCGGUCAGGGAGCGAUUCUGGCCGGCCUAUGGCGAUUCCGAUGAAGAGCCGACAAAGUAGCAAUACCAGUCUGUCAGAAUAUCGUGAUUUCAAGUCAAAAGGUCGCCGCUCAUUUACCAAUCCAAAGUGGGAUACGGAAGCUGUAUUCGAUGUGGUUGGCUCUGACUCCCGUGUAAAUAUAACAAUAUAUGACCAGAGUAGCGCGGCUGAAGAAUUCCUUGGCCACGUCGAUCUCGCAGCCAAUCUUACGGAGAAUGAUAACUCGCCCAUCAGCGGCUGGUACACACUUCAAGGCAAGAAUGGUAUGGAUACUGGACCUUCCGGAGAAAUAUUCGUCGAGAUUACCUUUCAACGGACCGAAAAACGGCAUUAUGGACCUGAAGAUUUCCAGAUCUUGAAGCUUAUUGGCAAGGGAACCUUUGGACAAGUUUAUCAAGUGAGAAAGAAGGAUACGAAGCGUAUUUAUGCUAUGAAAGUCCUUCAGAAGAAGGUUAUUGUCCAAAAGAAAGAAGUAGCACAUACCGUUGGAGAGCGAAACAUCCUGGUCAGAACAGCAAUGGCAGAUUCGCCCUUCAUUGUUGGCCUAAAGUUUUCUUUCCAAACACCAUCUGAUUUAUACCUGGUUACGGACUUCAUGUCUGGAGGAGAAUUGUUCUGGCACCUACAAAAGGAGGGGCGAUUCGACGAGAAGCGAGCGAAGUUCUACAUCGCGGAACUUAUUCUAGCCCUCCAACACCUCCACAUGCAUGACAUUGUAUAUCGGGACUUGAAGCCAGAGAACAUCUUACUGGACGCCAAUGGCCACAUCGCUUUGUGUGAUUUUGGUCUUUCAAAAGCGAAUUUGACCAAGAACGCGACGACCAACACAUUCUGUGGCACUACGGAGUAUCUGGCCCCUGAAGUUCUUUUGGACGAAGCCGGAUACACAAAAAUGGUAGAUUUUUGGUCGUUGGGAGUUCUUGUGUUCGAGAUGUGCUGUGGCUGGAGUCCAUUCUAUGCCGAAGACACCCAGCAAAUGUACAAGAACAUCGCUUUCGGAAAGGUCAGAUUCCCCAGGGACACUCUAACCACCGAAGGACGCAACUUUGUUAAGGGACUUUUGAACCGUAAUCCAAAGCACAGACUAGGAGCACAAGAUGAUGCUGAGGAGUUGAAAAGACACCCAUUCUUCUCUGAUAUUAACUGGGAUGAUCUGACUAAAAAGUUGAUUACGCCGCCCUUUAAACCGAAAUUGAAGUCGGAGACAGAUACCUCGAACUUUGAUCCUGAGUUCACAAAUGCACUGAACGGACCAUCCUCGCUCAACGCCCGGGCCGCUGCUCUUGCAGCUGGGGUUGACACAUCAACACCUCUUUCUCCUGGGAUGCAAGCCAAUUUCAAGGGCUUCACAUUUGUUGAUGAAAGUUCUUUUGAUGAGCAUAUUCAGGAGCAUAUGCAAAACAGAGGAGUGAAAGCAGACUACGAUGAGAUGGAUGAAGAAGAGAAGCGAGAACAAGACUGGGAGGAGCCCCUCAAUACCCCCGAUAACCGACGAAGCGAUCGUAUGAGUGGUAUUGUGAAGACAAACAAUGGCGAAGAUAGUAGCAUGUUCAACGGCGGGCAUUUCGACUUGUAA